GUGCCAAGUUUUCCCGCAUGUUAAACCAUGCAACGAGAGGUUUCCAUAGCGUAUAAUACACCCCCAACUCCCUAAGCAACUGCUUCGCGAGACUACAGUCGUUCCAAAGGGAUCUGCUCGAGUUUUCCUUGCUAGGGAGAUCUAGGGAACCAAAAUUCAUACGUUUUACAGAGAAGCUAUGUGCACAUAUUCGGACUAGUCAUUGAAUGUAGUAGAGCAGAAUUCGCCGGAUUUAAGUUCACUUUUAUAGUUCUGGAGGUAUUAAUUUGUCUUCUUAUACGAACUGUACAACCCCUUUUGAACGGGAAGUGGCAAUGUCUGUGCAAGAAUUCUUGGAUAAUCACAUGCUUUCUAGGAAAAUCGAGGAUGCUGUCAAUGCUGCUGUCAGGGCCAAGUCUCCCGAUCCAGUACUUUUCAUCUCAAAUCAUAUCAAGAAAUCCGUUUCUUCUGUGAUAACGAAGAUUACAGCUAGGCAAGUUCUCGAUAGUAGAGGGAUUCCCACAAUUGAAGUUGAUUUGUACACAAAUAAAGGGAUGUUUCGAGCUUCAUCUCCUAGCGGGAAUUGUACUGGAAUCUAUGAAGCUGUUGAAUUACGUGAUGGAGAUAAGGGAAGAUAUCUUGGGAAAGGUGUUUCUAGAGCUGUUAAGAAUGUCAAUGAGAGAAUAUCUGAAGCCUUGAUUGGUAUGGAUCCAACACUGCAGUCCCAAAUUGAUCAGGUCAUGUUAGACUUGGAUAAAACUGAAAAUAAGGUUGAACUUGGAGCAAAUGCCAUAUUAGCUGUUUCAAUUGCUGCUUGCAAAGCUGGUGCUGCUGAAAAGGAGGUUCCGCUUUACAAACAUAUUGCUGAGCUUUCUGGUAAAACUAGCACGGUUCUUCCUGUUCCUUCCUUCACUGUUAUAAGUGGUGGAGCACAUGCUGGGAAUAAUCUUGCCGUUCAAGAAAUUAUGAUCCUUCCUGUUGGGGCAAACACAUUUGAGGAGGCAAUGCAAAUGGGCUCUGAGACCUAUCACCAAUUAAAGGCAAUUAUUACUGAAAAAUAUGGCACAUCUGGAUGCAAUGUUGGCGAAGAUGGUGGAUUUGCUCCCAAUAUCUCCAGUUUCAAAGAAGGCUUGGAUCUUGUUAAAGAAGCAAUAGACCAAACAGGAUACAAUGGAAAAAUCAAGAUAGCAAUGGAUGUUGCUGCAACUAAUUUCUGCUUAGGAACCAAGUAUGACCUGGACUUCAAAUCCCCAAACAAGUCAGGACAGAAUUUCAGGACAGGAGAAGAAAUGAUUGAGAUGUAUGUACAACUCUGUGCAGCAGACUAUCCUAUUGUAUCAAUUGAGCAGCCAUUUGACAAGGAGGAUUGGGAAAAUACCAAGCUAUUAUCUGCGCAUGGGAUUUGCCAGGUGGUAGGAGAUGACUUACUGAUGUUAAAUCCAAAGUGUAUCGAGAGAGCAAUAAAUGAAUCCACCUGCAAUGCCCUUCUUCUCAAGAUGAAUCAGAUUGGAACUGUAACAGAAGCAAUCAAAGCUGUGAAGUUGGCAAAGGAUGCUCAUUGGGGAGUUGUGACCUCCCAUAGAUGUGGAGAGACAGAAGAUUCCUUUAUAGCUGAUUUAGCUGUUGGCCUGGCUACUGGUCAGAUCAAGGCAGGUGCCCCUUGCCGGGGAGAGCGGCUUGUCAAGUACAACCAGUUGCUUCGAAUUGAAGAAGAGCUUGGAGAACGAGCAGUUUAUGCUGGUCUUAAUUGGAGAUUGCCAUGAUCUUUCCUUUCAGGUUUUUCCCUUUCAUUUUUCUUCUAUAUACCUGUGUAGUAAAUCUGAGAGUAACUAGCUGUAACGGCAUGCUAGUACAAGCUUUCAAUAAUUUUUAAUUUUUUUUCCUGUUAUGGUGUUUGUAGUUCCUGUGUGACAGUGGGAACUCACAAGACAAUGUUUUAUUGGUUUAUUCUAUAAUUCGUACCACUGCUAGAAAUAAAUCUUUUCUCUAAUGGAAGAAAUAGAAAUCCUUGUUUAACUGGUUUGAAA